AUGGAAAUCUUGGAGGCGUCGCAGGUGCCGGACUUGAAGCCAUGUGAACAUCAAGCUGGCGGCCACUUUUCCGUGGUGCAGGAUGACGUCCGCAGCGGCCGAGAAGCCAGCAUAUACGAGGCUAUUUUUAGCGACAAUGAUGACGGAAACGUUCGUAGAGAGGAUAUGGUGGCAUUUCGCCCGCUCGUACCGAGAUACUUCGGCGUCAUCGUAGACGGCGACAAGAAGCUUCUGGCGCUUGAAGACACAUGCAGAUCCUAUCGGAGGCCCUGCGUGCUGGACGCCAAGAUGGGCCUCACGACGAUCUACGAGUGGGCGGAAGAGAGGUACAAGGCCAAGAACGCCACCAAGGACCUGGUUACGACGCAGUCCACGUUGGGCUUUCGAGUGACGGGGUUCAAAGUGUGGCAGAGCGAUCGGGAAGAGUACUUCGUGGCGGACCGUCUGUACGGCAAGGACCUGACGGCCCAGACGAUGCCCGCCGCGUUUGCCAAGUUUGGCAGCAACGCCGGCGGUAUUACGCCGCGGGAUGUGUACAGGGGACCUCACGGUGCUGUGGCCAAGAUCCGCGCACUACAGUCCUGGUUUGAGACGCAGCGGAGCUUGCUGUUCUUCGCGGCCAGUGUCCUCAUCGUGUACGAGGGCGCGGCCACGCGGCCGGAGGAGGUCAACGUGGCGGUUCGGUUCAUUGACUUCGCGCACACGUUUCCAAGCGGUGGCAAGCGGGACGACAACGUAUUGGCGGGAAUCAAGAUCUUGGCGGAUAUGUUGGAAAACGUUGGUAGUCAAGCGGAAGCGCAAGGCGGCAUGGGCGAGAGCUAG